GUGCCAUCAGUCACUUCUUUGAAUUCGUGAAUUUCGGGACCCUUUGGAACAUUUGAAGAUCCAGAUCAAACCAUGGCUGAUAAGAAAAAUCUUUUGUUGCUUUUCGAUCGCCCCCAGGAGCCGAUUUUUAUGCAAAAGGAAGGGAAGGUUGUCUUCGAUGUUCCAGAUAAUUUCCUUACCGAUCGUUACAAGCCAAUCGGUAAUGACGUCCAGAAUCGUUUUGGGGACAAGGCUGAAAAGAGGAUUCCAGUGAAGAAUAUUUCAAUUCCUGAUCUGAGGAUUCCCAUGUCGUUGGGGAGGAAUGAGCAGUUUUCGCUGUUUGUCCCACGUCACAGAAGAAUUGCAGGAAGGUUGAUCGAUAUUUUCAUGGGUGUUCGCUCCAUUGAUGAUCUCCAAAGCGUUGCGCUCUAUGCUCGUGAUCGUGUCAAUGCGUAUCUCUUCAACUAUGCACUCUCUGUUGCACUGUUGCAUCGUCCAGACACCAAGGGAUUGUCUCUUCCGUCAUUUGUUGAGACCUUCCCUGACAAAUAUGUGGAUUCAAAGGUUUUCUCUCAGAUUCGAGAGGAAGCUUCUAUUGUACAAGAACAAUCCCGUAUGCCAAUUGUGAUUCCAAGGGAUUAUACUGCCUCUGAUUUGGACGAAGAACAUAGAUUAUGGUACUUCCGCGAAGAUAUGGGAAUCAAUCUUCAUCACUGGCAUUGGCAUUUAGUCUAUCCAUUCGAAGCUGCCAGUCGCGAAAUUGUCAAUAAGGACAGACGUGGCGAACUUUUCUAUUACAUGCAUCAACAGGUCAUCGCUCGGUAUAACCUCGAACGAUUCAGCAAUAAUCUGGCACGUGUCAAACGUUUCAAUAAUCUACGUGAACCCAUCCCGGAAGGAUAUUUCCCGAAAAUGGAUUCGUUGGUGGCAAGCCGUGCUUGGCCGCCGCGUUUCGCGAAUACUGCCAUUAAGGAUCUUGAUCGAGAGCUGGAUCAAAUCAAACUUGAUGUUGCUGAUUUGGAAAGGUGGCGUGAUCGUUUUUAUGAGGCUGUGCAGCAAGGAUUUGUUGUAGAUGAGAGUGGAAAUCGAAUUGCCCUCGACGAGACUAGAGGCAUUGAUAUCCUUGGAAAUAUGAUGGAAUCUUCAAUCAUUAGUCCGAAUCGUCAGCUUUAUGGAGAUCUCCAUAACAUGGGACAUGUGUUCAUCUCUUAUGCACACGAUCCUGAUCAUCGUCAUUUGGAAUCAUUCGGUGUCAUGGGUGAUUCCGCAACAGCCAUGAGGGAUCCAGUCUUCUACAAGUGGCAUGCAUAUAUCGAUGAUAUAUUCCAGGAACAUAAGGAAAGCUUGACUCCAUAUACGCUUCCUCAAUUAAACUACCGUGGCGUUACUGUAUCCGGAAUAACCGUCACUCCUGAAACUGGUCGUGCUGAUACCUUCCAAACAUUCUGGCAACAGUCUGACAUCGAUUUGUCUCGUGGAAUGGACUUCGUUCCACGUGGAAACGUCUUCGCUAGAUUCACCCACCUCCAACACAGCCCGUUCACUUACACCAUUAACAUCAAUAACGAAGGAGGAGCGGCACGUUUCGGUACCGUACGUAUUUUCCUGGGACCGAAGUUCGAUGAACGUGGCACGGAAAUGUUGUUCCGUGAUCAACGCCUACUCAUGAUUGAACUGGAUAAGUUCGUUGUGUCCUUGCGUCCAGGACAAAAUACUGUUCGCCGUCGUUCAACAGAGUCAACAGUAACAAUCCCAUUCGAACGAACCUUCCGUAACUUGGAUCAGAAUCGCCCAGCUGCGGGUACUGCUGAAGAAGCACAAUUUAACUUCUGCGGUUGUGGCUGGCCGAAUCAUAUGCUUAUUCCAAAGGGACGACCCGAAGGACUACGUUGUCAACUGUUUGUUAUGGUUUCCAACUACGAAGAUGAUAGGGUUGACCAAGACUUGACUGGAACCUGUAACGAUGCCGCGUCCUACUGCGGUGUUAAGGACCGCCGGUAUCCCGAUCGUCGUGCUAUGGGAUAUCCAUUUGAUCGUUUGCCACGUCAAGGAAGCGAUCGAUUGAGCAAUUUCUUGACACCUAAUAUGCUUGUCAAGGAUGUAUCUAUUGUGUUCAGCGACAGGACUACAAUUCGAGGACAAAAAAUUCAUCCAAGAAGUUGUUCUACACCAAAUCUAGAUACAAUGGCCGACAAGAAGAAUCUCCUUUUGCUUUUUGAUCGUCCCCAGGAGCCGGUUUUCAUGCAAAAGGGUGACAAAGUUGUGUUCGAUAUUCCUGAUAACUUCCUCACGGAUCGCUAUAAGCCUAUUGGAAGCGAGGUUCAAAGUCGUCACAGCGACAAAGCCAAUCAACGAAUUCCGGUUAAAAGCAUCUCAAUCCCGGAUUUAAGGAUCCCCAUGUCCUUGGGCAGAAAUGAGCAAUUUUCAUUGUUGAUUCCUCGUCACAGGCGCAUUGCAGGACGUCUUAUUGAUAUCUUCAUGGGUAUGCGCUCGAUUGAUGAUCUGCAAAGUGUUGCUGUUUAUGCUAGGGAUCGAGUGAAUCCCUACCUUUUUAACUACGCCCUCUCAGUUGCCUUACUUCAUCGCCCGGAUACUAAAGGACUGAAUCUCCCGUCAUUUCUUGAAACUUUCCCGGAUAAAUAUGUAGACUCGAAAGUUUUCGCUCAAAUUCGUGAGGAAGCGAGUGUCGUUGAGGAGGGUUCUCGGAUGCCAAUAAUCAUUCCGAGAGACUACACUGCUUCGGACUUAGACCCAGAGCAUAGACUGUGGUACUUCCGAGAGGACAUGGGCAUCAACAUCCAUCACUGGCAUUGGCACUUGGUAUACCCAUUCGAGGCAGCCAAUCGUGAAAUUGUAGCAAAGGAUAGACGUGGAGAACUCUUCUAUUACAUGCAUCAACAAAUCAUUGCCCGGUACAAUGUCGAACGAUUCUGCAACCAGCUACCACGCGUCAAACGAUUCAAUAAUUUCCGUGAGCCUAUUCCUGGUGGGUAUUUUCCUAAGAUGGAUUCAUUGAUUGCCAGCCGAGCGUAUCCUCCGCGCGUUGAGAACAGUGUCUUGAAGGAUCUUGAUCGAGAGCUGGAUCAAAUCAAAAAUGAUAUCUCUGAUCUUGAAAGAUGGAGGGACAGGAUUUAUGAAGCUAUCCAUCAAGGAUUCGUAGUCGAUGAAAGCGGAAACCGAAUUCAACUUAAUGAUGCUAAGGGAAUUGAUACUCUUGGAAAUGUUGUGGAGUCCUCAAUUCUGUCACCAAAUAGACAGCUUUAUGGUGACUUCCAUAAUAUGGGCCAUGUUUUCAUCUCAUUCGUUCAUGAUCCUGACCACCGUCACUUGGAAUCGUUUGCAAUUAUGGGUGAUACCGCCAUCAACAUGCGAGAGCCGGUCUUCUAUCUUUGGCAUGCAUACAUCGAUGACAUAUUCCAGGAGCACAAAGAAAGUUUGACACCCUACACCCUUCCUGAGCUGAAUUACCGAGGAGUCACUGUAUCUGGUGUGACUGUUAAUUCCGAAAGUGGACCUGCUGAUACUUUCCAAACAUUCUGGCAACAAUCUGAUGUUAACUUGUCCCGUGGUAUGGACUUCGUACCACGCGGCAACGUCUUCGCAAGAUUUACCCAUCUCCAACACAGUCCUUUCACUUACACCAUUAAUAUCAAUAAUGAUGGAGGAGCGGCGCGUUUUGGAACAGUGCGUAUUUUCCUUGGACCGAAAUUCGAUGAACGUGGAACUGAGAUGUUGUUCAGGGAUCAACGCAUUCUUAUGCUUGAAUUGGAUAAGUUUGUGGUAUCUUUGCGACCUGGACAAAAUACAAUUCGUCGCCGAUCCAGUGAAUCAACAGUAAUCAUUCCAUUUGAAAGGACCUUCCGAAACUUGGAUGAAAAUCGUCCCGCUGCAGGUACCCCGGAAGAGGAACAAUUCAACUUCUGUGGAUGUGGAUGGCCUGAGCACAUGCUCCUUCCAAGAGGUGUCCCAGAAGGUUUCCGUUGCCAACUUUUCGUCAUGGUCUCGAAUUAUGACGAUGACAGGGUUGACCAAGAUCUGGUGGGAACUUGUAAUGAUGCUGCGGCUUAUUGUGGAGUCCGUGAUCGCCUCUAUCCUGAUCGUCGUCCUAUGGGCUACCCAUUCGAUCGAUUGCCACGUCAAGGAUCCGACCGGUUGGCUAAUUUCUUGACGCCUAAUAUGUUUGUAAAGGAUGUUUCCAUUGUUUACACUGAUCGUACCACAGUUCGCGGGCAGUAA